AUGUCUUCCCGAUCAGGCAUCACUGCAUCGCCAGAAGUGGUGGACGCUUUCAAUUUGAAUAAAACAUCAGCGAUCGUAGUGACUCUUUCGUCCGAUGCAACGCAAUUGGUCCACGAUGACGACUUUUUACCACCUAAAGUUGCAGAUUCAGAAUCCAUACUCGAACUGCUUCAGUCGCACUUGAAAGCGAUAUAUCCAGAGCCAAGAUAUGUGAUUGUUGAUCAUCUGAGCUCCGGUGAACGAGUUUUUGUGAGUUUCGUGCCAGACGAUGCCCCAGUCCGCCAAAAGAUGCUUUUCGCAUCAACAAAAAAUACGUUCCUCCAGCAAUUGGGCUCGGCAAUCGCAAACAAAAAUAUCUUGAGCUUCACUGAACUUGCGGAAUGGGAAUAUGCUGCCUUUUCUGCCGCACUACGCAUGCCAGAAGCCGAGGUUUCCUUGACAGACAAGGAAAAGAGUCUCCAGGUGCUCGACAGCUUACUGAGCUUGUCAAUGAGCGGCCUGGGCAAUCAGUUGCCUUCAAUGUCCACAGUGUCAUCAACAGCUCUAUUCUUCAGGAUUGAUUCGGCGUUGGACGCAGUUCUCAAACUGGACUUGAGACAUAAACUUGUAGUGAUGUCCAUCGACACAGAAAAGGAGGUGCUUUGUUUGCACGCUGAAGAAAGCGGAGUUUCGGUAAAUGAUUUGAUUACUGCCGCUUCGAAGCUUGUGCCGCUGGAUCCGGUACCUGUAUACCUAUUGUAUGGCUACACUCAGUCCCAUAUAGCUUUCAUUUAUUCGUGUGCUUCUGGCUGUAAAGUCAAAGCGCGGAUGCUUUAUGCGGCCAACAAGCAGGGCUUGCUCAGCCACUUGAAAAGCGACUAUUUUUCAGCAAACCAAUUAGACCAGGUGAUCGAGGUAGGCGAUCUUGACGAAUUAGAGCUCUCGCAAUUCCAGUUCGUAGAGAAACAAAAUCUGGAGCCCACAACUCAGUUGAAGUUUUCCAAGCCUAAGGGCCCACGGAGAAAAUAG